UUUGGUAGCCGCGGGUAGAUAUCGGGAGUGAGCGGCGUCGGGACGGAUAGCGAGAGCGGGCUGUUUGGAGCGCCAUGGAUUGGAACGGCGGCGGCGGCGGGGAAGAGAAGGGAUUGCUGUGGCGGCUCCCGGUGCUGAAGGCGAAGGAUCUGGGGAAGGUUGGGCCCGGCAUCGGUUUCGGUGCCGGUUGCGGCGUCGGCUUCGGCGUCGGUCUCGUCGGAGGUGCAGGAAUAGGGGCUGGAUUCCCUGGUUUACAGCUUGGAUUUGGAUUUGGAGCUGGAUGUGGAAUAGGGUUAGGUUUUGGUUAUGGUGUUGGGAGAGGAGUUGCAUAUGAUGAUAACCGAAGAUAUACAAAUGUGGGAAAGUUGUUCCAUAAAGUGCGAAAUGGUUCAUCUGAUGCUCCAUUAUCCAGAUUCAUUCUUUUGGAUCUUCCACCUUUUCCACCCAGUGAAGGUUAACCAAGGAAUCAGAUUGAAAUCCUGUUUGAUGAACUUAUGGAGAGUACAAGAAAGCUGAUAAAAGCAACCUCAAAAGAGAUCGAUAAAUGGAGAUAAACUGCACCCUAGCCUACCUUCAAAUAAUUCUGUGUAAAUGCAUGUAAAACUAUCCAAAACUUUGCACUCUUGACUCACAUCACUUGCUAAGCAUUAUCCUUGGGCACUAAUGUUUGCAACUUAAUAUCUGUUAUCUGUCA